ACCAACAAGCUCUGAGCAUCAUCAGUCUCUGGAAAGCCUUCUGAAUUAGACAAGGGCUGCCUCUCAGCACAGCUACAAAACACUUUAAACCUGACCGGCUAAAUGGAUAAACCUAGCCUGCGUAGCUUUUAAACUGGGGUCUCACACAGCACAGGAGGCCUACUUGAAGCAAGAACUGAAAAUCUAGAGGAUGAAUUGCUUUUUCUGGGAAUGGCAAAAGCCAGCACAAUAAGGAAUGCCAGGUAUUCUGAAGAUUUUUCUCUCUCUUUUCACAGAGAAGUUGGUUACCUUCAAGAGGAGCAGUAGCUAUUUCCCACAGAUUGCCAAUUACUGCUGACGGGUCUCUGGUGAAUUUCACAAUGGUCUUCAGAGCCUAGAGACACCCCCCACCCCCUUCCCGGCAUCUUUCUCCUUAUCCCCCCAUCCCACCCGGUGCCAGUUUUUAUUAAAUACAUAUGUAAAUGUUUUUUGCCUGCGCUCUCCGCUCUCCGGGGAAGUUUGUAUGGAGGGACUAGCUCACAUGCGGGGUCAGGAUGGUGUGAAUGACAGCCGCACUGUGACAUGAAGGUGGCGGUGACUUCAGCACAAGGGGUGAAGGAAGAAGAAAACUGAGAGAGGUGGGCGAAGGUUUUUGGAUGACAAAGGAUGGGUUUCCAUUUAAUUACGCAGCUGAGAGGCAUGAGUGUGGUGCUAGUGCUGCUUCCUACACUGCUGCUUGUCAUGCUCACGGGGGCUCAGAGAGCUUGCCCAAAGAACUGCAGAUGCGAUGGCAAAAUUGUAUACUGCGAGUCCCAUGCUUUCGCAGGUAUCCCAGAGAACAUUUCUGGCGGGUCACAAGGCUUAUCACUAAGGUUCAACAGCAUUCAGAAACUCAAAUCCAAUCAGUUUGCUGGCCUUAACCAGCUCAUAUGGCUUUAUCUUGACCAUAAUUACAUUAGCUCAGUGGAUGAAGAUGCAUUUCAAGGAAUCCGUAGACUGAAAGAAUUAAUUCUAAGCUCCAACAAAAUUACCUAUCUGCACAAUAAAACAUUUCACCCAGUUCCCAAUCUCCGCAACCUGGACCUCUCGUACAAUAAGCUUCAGACAUUGCAAUCAGAACAAUUUAAAGGCCUUCGGAAACUCAUCAUUUUGCACUUGAGAUCUAACUCACUGAAGACGGUGCCCAUAAGAGUUUUUCAAGACUGUCGAAAUCUAGACUUUCUGGAUUUGGGUUACAAUCGUCUUCGCAGCUUGUCCAGAAAUGCUUUUGCCGGCCUCUUAAAGUUAAAGGAGCUGCACUUGGAGCAUAACCAGUUUUCCAAAAUCAACUUCGCUCAUUUUCCCCGACUCUUCAACCUCCGCUCCAUUUACCUACAAUGGAACAGGAUUCGCUCCAUUAGCCAAGGCUUGACGUGGACUUGGAGUUCCUUGCAUAACUUGGAUUUAUCGGGCAAUGACAUCCAAGGAAUCGAGCCCGGCACAUUCAAGUGUUUGCCCAAUUUGCAAAAAUUGAAUUUGGAUUCCAAUAAGCUUACCAACAUCUCACAGGAAACUGUCAAUGCGUGGAUUUCAUUAAUAUCCAUCACCUUGUCUGGAAAUAUGUGGGAAUGUAGUCGGAGCAUUUGUCCUUUGUAUUCCUGGCUUAAGAAUUUCAAAGGGACUAAGGAGAGCGCCAUGAUAUGUGCGGGACCUAAGCCUAUCCAGGGAGAAAAGGUUAGUGACGCCGUGGAAACCUAUAACCUCUGCUCUGAAGUCCACGUGGUCAACACAGAGAGAGCACCCCUGGUCCCCCAAACUCCCCACAGGCCUCUGAUUGUCCCUAAACCUACUUUUGCCAAACCUGGCGCCACUCAACCCACCCUUGAACUACCCAGCCCUUCCCCGGGGUUUCAGAUUCCUGGCACAGAGCAAGAGUAUGAGCAUGUUUCGUUUCACAAGAUCAUUGCAGGGAGUGUGGCUCUCUUCCUGUCCGUGGCCAUGAUCCUCCUGGUCAUCUACGUAUCUUGGAAACGCUACCCAGCCAGCAUGAAGCAACUUCAGCAGCAUGCUCUUAUGAAGAGGCGACGGAAAAAGGCCAGAGAGUCGGAAAGACAAAUGAAUUCCCCUUUACAGGAGUAUUAUGUGGACUACAAGCCUACAAACUCUGAGACCAUGGAUAUAUCGGUUAAUGGAUCUGGGCCCUGCACAUAUACCAUCUCUGGCUCCAGGGAAUGUGAGAUCCCACACCACGUGAAGCCCUUGCCGUAUUACAGCUACGACCCGCCCGUGAUGGGGUACUGCCAGGCUCACCAGCCCCUCCACGUCACCCAGGGCUAUGAGACCAUUUCUCCGGCGCAGGAAGAGAGCCCCAACCUGGAGCUCGGGCGCGACCACAGCGUCAUAGCCACCAUCGCCAGGUCGGCAGCGCCCACCAUUUACCUUGAGAGAAUAACAAACUAAAAGGAAGCCAACUCCACAUUGGGGAACUCGAUGGGGGGGAGGGAGGGUCUUCAUCUUAAAGGAGAAAUGUCUCAACUCGCGCAAACAAGCAAGCUCAUCGUACCUAUCAAAACACGAAUGAGCUAAAGGAAACAGCAAUCAGGAAAACUGCAAAGAGAGGGCAGUGGAUGCCCCUGCAGUGAUACCAGGAGAACUACAGAACUUUCCCUGCUUUAAAACAAAACAAGCAGACACAAAAUACUCCUGGGUGUACAUAGUAAAACGUGCCAAGUUCUUAUAAAAAUAGGCUUCACCCUCGCCACAUAUAGGUUUGUUUGUAUAUUUGAUUUUUCUACACUGCAUGGUUCCUGGGCUGAAGAACCACAAGGGGGGUGGGACCAGUGGGGCGGGGUGGGGAAGGGAAACACUACAGUUUCUCUUGUUAGGUAUGUGUAAUUCUCACAGACUUUGUUUCAAUUGUUUUCUGCUCCUCUUUUUCUUUCUGUUCCUUUAAAGCAACGCUACUUGCUCUGAUUACGUUUAUUUGAUUUUUUUUCCUCCUGGUCAAGUGCUACUGUAAUUCUGCACAUGGGCAUUAAAGCUUAUGUUAUGCCAAAAGAAGAUCUGCUUUAUCAGGAAAUAAAGAAGAAUGUUGACUGCAGCAUUUGCCCAAACAACUGGAAGGAAAAAUCAGCCAACACUGGGUGGAUAUUGCUUGGCCACACACACUGCCCAUGAUGGGAGGGGUGGUGAUCCUUUCGCUUUGACUGCCCCUCAGAUCCGUGUGUCGGGGUCCAAAGGGGACUCUUGGGAAGUCAUGGAUGGAGAAGACCAGGAGGUUAUCCCCACGUGGACCGAGGGGGACUAGGGGAACAAGAGCCAUGUGACCAACAAGUGAAACUGCCAAACUGACACAUUUCUCAAUAUGAUGUGUAACAUUCCUUUUAAAAAAUAAUUAUCAAUUAGCUUUUGUGUAGUUUUUAUCAAUAAAAGGAAAA